AUUUCCUAUUACGCUUCCCGCGACAACUUUCGCAGUGGUUCCAGCUCGUCUGCUAGGGUUUUGAGUUACCAGAUGCUGUUGCUCCCAAAUUUCUGAGAGAGAGCUCAAAAUUCAAGCUCGCUGGGGAUUUUUCUCUCGAUUUCCAAUGGCAUGAUCUGAAUUUCGAUUUUUUUUUUUUUUGGUUCUCGUAGUGCAUUUUUCUUCAAUCUGUGGGUUUUGUGAUCUUUGACAGCAAAGGAGCUUGCUAUUCUAAAAAUUCUCUGGAGUUUUUGGAGAUCAAGCUCAAAAUUCAAGAUCUCUGGAGUUUUAUCCCGAUUUUCCAUGGUCUCUUUAGCUUACACAUUCUGUAGAAGAAAUAAUGAGCUCCAAAGGCUAAGAUGAGGUGCAAUGCCUGCUGGCGUGAACUGGAAGGCCGAGCCAUAUCGACCACAUGCGGCCAUCUGCUUUGCACGGAAGAUGCGAGCAAGAUCCUCAGCAGCGAUGCUGCAUGUCCCAUCUGCGAUCAGGUGCUCUCCAAAAGCCUCAUGAAACCAGUUGAUAUUAAUCCCAAUGAUGAAUGGACAAACAUGGCCAUGGCUGGAAUAGCUCCACAGUUUGCGAUGAAGGGUGCUUACCGAUCCGUGAUGUUCUUCAUCGGGCAAAAGGAACUGGAGUCUCAAUACAAACUGAACAAAAUUGUUGGCCAAUGCCGGCAGAAAUGUGAGGCCAUGCAAGAGAAGUUCACAGAAAAACUGGAGCAAUUGCAUACUGCAUACCAGAAAUUGUCCAAAAGAUGCCAGAUGCUGGAGCAGGAGCUUGAAUGCGUGUCCAAGGAUAAGCAAGAACUCCAAGAGAAGUUCGCUGAGAAAUCCAGGCAGAAGAGAAAACUCGAUGAGAUGUAUGAUCAGUUGAGAAGUGAGAAUGAUUCUUUGAAGCGAUCAGCCAUCCAGCCCGCCAGCAACUUCUUUCAGAGAGUUGAGCCUGAGUUGUUCUCAAGUCCAGCUAAUAUGAUGGACAACAGAGAUCACCUCAGACAAGAUCGGUCGGUUUUCACUCCUGAAACUCCAGGGCCAAGAGAAGACUUAUGGCAUUCAGCCAGACAAAAGAAUUCCAACUCUGGUCCUUUUGAUGUUUCUGGUGGUUCCCCGGCAAGACCAGGGCCAGUUCCCGGGGAUGCGAGCAACAGAAGAGCCACUCGUCCUAUUUUUGGAGCUGGUCCUAGCAACCCUUCCACGACUUUGCGGAAUCUCAUACUUUCACCAAUGAAGCGACCUCAGCUCUCUCGCAAUCGCCCUCACAUGUUCACGCUCUAAGCUUGAAGGAGGAUUAGUUGUGGAUCCGGUUGCAGAUAUGCAUUGCUCGUGUUCCAGUGUUUUCAAGCCCCCUUUACUCUGUUUUCCUAUAAGAAAAUGUGAAUAUUGGUCUGGUAGUCAAAAGUUUCUUGCCCCCUUCUCCAUUGCUUUUGCUUUUGUUGUGACUGGCUGCUUUGAAAUGUCAUACAAUACACGCAGGCUAUCUGGACCUUUCUUUA